CUUAUCAUCUGUUCAGCACUGCCCAGGACUCUAGUGUAGAUAAAACACAGCCAGAAUCACAAGAGUUGUCUAGGAAGAAGAAAGUUUCUUUUUCGGAUGGGCCUGAUUCAGACAAAUAUAGAAAUUGCUGAAAACAGUAAGAGAAAUGGUCGCAUAGUGGGAGAGAUUGCCUUUCAGUUAGACAGGCGUAUCCUUGCACACGUGUUUCCUGGCAUCACACGACUCUAUGGAUUCACGGUAUCUAAUAUUCCUGAGAAGAUCAAACAGGUCUCCAUGAAAUCUCUAGAUGGCUCUGUGGAUGAGAAAAAGUAUCGAACCUUGACCCAGCGCUACCUAGACCUGACUGCCCGCCUGGAGAAGAUGGGCUAUCAGGUAGAUAUUCACCCGGUGUUUAGCGAAUUCCUCAUCAACACCUAUGGCAUCCUAAAGCAAAGGCCCGACCUGAGCUCCAAUCCCCUACACAACAGCCCUGCGGACCUUAGGAAGGUGGUGAUUGACAUUGUUCCACCAAAAUUCCUUGGAGAUACCUUGCUACUGCUGAACUGUUUGUGUGAACUUUCUAAAGAAGACAACAAGGCCCUCUUUGCUUGGUAGUGCCCUUCUGUAACAAUUGCUCUCAGAUAUCAAAUAGAAGGGAUACACAGACACAGCAUAUAUGUAAUAAAAGGAUAACUGCUAAAAAUGGGCACGGAAUAGUGUGUACGAUUUUGUGUUGGACUGUUUCUAGCUGAUUGGUUUAUUGGAAAAUUUACUGUUUUCUAAAGUGAUAACUGUAUUUUUAUAUUUGAAUUGUUGCUAGCUGCUACAAGCUGCCUGGCUUGAUGGUGGUACUUAAUGGUGAAAUGUCAGUAUAAGUGAAAUAAAAUUAAUUGUAAUAAAAUAGUCCUAAUUUUACAAAAA